CUACAUAUUUACCGCCGUGUCACCUUUGAUUUUGUGCUGUGUUCGUUUUCUUCAGUUUUAAAUGUGAAUGGAGUCACAAAUUAGGCAUUUUCUGGCCAACAAGCGGCAGAUCAUACAUUCCUGAAAUGUAAUAUAGGGCGAGGUAAUGCUUUCUACACAGGGCGGGCAUCUGUUUGAUUUGCUGCCUUUUCAUCGCGUUUAGGCUAGCCAACCCAUUCACUGGCAAUUUGGUGCAGGUGUCGGCUCAAAAGUCUUGUCAAGUUUUCUCGAAUGAGAGCUACGUCGACGAAUAACGGGCCAUAAGGUAUAUAAAGUAAGCAAAGCUAUUUAUCCAACAAAUUUGUUACUUCAGCAAAGGAUAAAAAAAUAAUAUGUUAAAUAAUUUUAAUGAGCUAUUUUUGUUGUCGUUGUCUGAAUUGCGUUUGGUUGCAUUUUAAUAACAAUUUAAUAGGCUAACAGAUUUUCAUAGCAUGUUUUUCCAAAACAUUGAUGAUGUUUAGUGUUUUUUAAAAAAUAUAUAGAAACAUUCUUGUUCUCGAAAGCAAUAAACACAUUUAUUGGUUGCAUAAAUAAUAUAUUAACCACCCUAGUUAAAAAUCUCAAUGUAUGGUGCGUUUCUUUUCCACUUUUUCUGCUGUGUUUGCAUUCCACUGCAGUCCACGUGCCGUGUUGAUUAUCCUGCUUUCGGAGUAAAAACUAAAGCGCUGACUUCGUCGUUUGGAAAAAAAGUUGCUCUGGUUAUUUCGCCUUAUUUUUUUUUUGACAAUGAAUGCAUUGUGGCCGCUUUGGUUUCUAUAGGCCCGCUGGACAAUUAGGAAGCUGAGCUGCCAGUAUUGUGGGGCUCGCGCAGGGGGGGUUGGGCUUUCACUUUGUCAGCACUGCAUUGCAAAAAAAAUGUACCGGACUGGCCGCGACCGUUCACCUCCGCACGAGCCGUGUCGCAGCCAUGAGUCGCAAGCGCUCCCACUGCACUGCACGUCUGGCGGCAGGAACGGGUCUUUCGUCUCCGUAGCUGCGGCUUAGCACGUCCGCGGAGCAGCUCCACCCCGCUCCCCACCAGGACUGUCGCGUUGCGGAAAUGGCUGCCCGAGGGUCCUGCUCCCCCAGGAACGGAACUUGCUUCCACCGGGGAUACAGUGCUGUUGCUGCUGACACAGGUGACGAACUCGCGCGGAUGGCGGACGCCCUCUGUCUAGAAGCGCCAACGCAGCGCGCGGACAUCCAAGCCUCCAGUGAGGAAGCCCGUUCAUCCAUGCCACAGCGGCCUUCUGGGGCAACGGCCUCCAGCACAGGGGCACACAGGAAGGCCCGUAGCCUGGACUACAGGAAUGGGGACAGGGGGGACGGGGGGCCACAUCAGGGCCUCUCCGGGAGUUUGUCGGUCCUCCCCCAAUCUUACACCCCCGAGAGGGCAGCAGUGUCUGGGAUUCGCCCGUGCACUGAUUGCCAGAGGGCCGGCUUUGCCCCCAGGUGGGGCUCAGGGGCGAACCUUCCCCCGCCGCCCCUCCCAGGCUCUGGGGCGAGCCCCCCGAGGGCGUUGUUGCCGGGGGAACGGGGCGUCGGCUCGGCCCCCGCCCUGAGGAGGCGGGUUCUGUCGCACAGCAGCACGGAGCAGGGAGAGGAAGAAGAGGAGGGGGAGGAGGAGGAGCAGGAGGAAGAGCAGGAGGAGGCCCUGCUGGUCGGCCCGCCCCUGGCCGCGCCCUCGCUGACCCCCGCAGUGGAGAGGAGGCUGAGUAAGAGGGAGAGGACCCGGCUGAAGAUCCUGAGGAGGAAGCAGAGGAGGAGGGACCGCUGGAUUCAGAGCCAGCUGCAGGAGCACAGACAGAGCUCGACGGGGAACGCGACGAGCAGCAGCGAGGACGAGGACCCGCCCGCGGGCGACCGGGACGGCCUGAUCUGCGCCGUGUGCCUGGACGUCUACUUCAGCCCCUACAUGUGCCACCCCUGCGGCCACGUCUUCUGCGAGCCCUGCCUGCGCACGCUGGCCAAGAACAGCCCCGCCAGCACCCCCUGCCCCCUCUGCCGCACCCUCAUCACCCACGUCUUCUUCCAGAAAGAGCUCAAUCACACCGCCCGCACCUUCUUCCCCAAAGAGUACCUGUCCAGGAAGCAGAACUUCCAGAGGGCCAGCUGCUCAAAAUGGCCGCUUCCCAGCUGUAAAAAACUCUUCCGUAUAUUUGGGGGGUUCCGGCGGCAGGCCAGCCCCAUCACGCGCCGGCAGUUCCCGCACGGAGGGUACCGCCUGGACGCCCUGGACUUUGAGGACGCCUCUCGCGGCUGGAGGUUCGACAUGGACAUGGUGAUCAUCUACAUCUACUCCGUCAACUGGGUCAUCGGCUUCAUCGUCUUCUGUUUCCUCUGCUACUUCUUCUUCCCUUCCUUCUGAGUCCUGGCCGCCGAGCCUCAAAAGAGACCUCAUAACCACUUUAUAACACCUUUAUAAAUGCUCAAUUAAGCCAAUGGUCUAGUCAACUUUGUGUGGGAUCUGGCAACUCAUGCUUCCUUCCAACCCAGAGUUACUAAUGUUUAUUAUUGUACCUAGCAUCAACUAUUUUCAAAAGUGUAUUUUUAAAGAAUUGUGUAUAAUGCAGUUACUAACCCUUUAUUCAUUCAUUCAUUUAUAAACACACUUCUUAAUCGUAAGCCCCCAUGUGGAAUGAUGGGGAAACUUCUGGCUGAUGUUUUUUCUUUUUCAGCAAAACAAGGAGGAAAAAAAGAGUGUUUUCAUUUUUUUAAGCAAGAUUGUCAGUGAUAACCUACAGAGGGAGGGAGCCCGUCCCUCCCCUUUACGGGGGGGGGGGGGGAGCUGAGCUCGCAACCUUUGCAGACUCCGACUUGUGUUCAAAUAAGGCCGGUCCGAAACACCCCUGUGGGGUUUAGGCUGAUGAGAGGCCGGCCUCAGAACCCUGCGGGUGCUGACCAGGCCGAAACGCUCCAGGAUCGUCCUCCCGCCGGGAGACGGACUCUUGUUAUCAGUUCUGAGCAGACACCGCCGCUAACGCUCUCCGCUAGCAACCGGCCGGGGGGGCUUCCUUGAUGACUUGUCGUCAAACUCCGACAGCCCUUUAAGUGCACGGUCAGCGAAACUGACACCUUCAGGCGGAGGAUGAUUCUGUGCAAGUGUCGGGGG